AUGACCAUAGCUUCAAUUUAUUUAUUCGUUCUGGUGCUGACUGUGAUAAUGAAGCUGUUAAAACCAUUAUCACUUUUGAGGCAUGGCAGGCGGAGACAAGGUUCACAGGGUGUUAGCACAUGGUCACCUCUUGCUACUGCUUUUAAUACUAGACCAAACUCAAGACCCAUGUUUGAGACUUUACGCGAAAGAACUGGCCUCUUUAACAAACCAGAAUUGAUUAGCUUUGAAGGUUUUCAUGCACUUAAGGAGCAGGCUAUAGCGGCUACUGAUAGGCUAAUUGAGGAGGCAACAUCAAGCCCUACUAGACCCAUGGUUGAAAUUUUCGAUGAGCUUUCUGAUACCCUAUGCAAAGUAGCAGAUUUAGCCGAAUUCGUCAGAAUUGCUCAUCCACAACCACAUUUUGCAAGCGCUGCUGAAGAUGCCUGUAUAAGUAUCAGUGGAGUAGUUGAAAAGUUAAAUACUCACAAGGGUCUCUAUGAAGCCUUGCGCGAUUCAGUAAAACGUGGUACAUCUGGUGACCAACAUCUAGCAGAAUUAUUCCUAUUUGACUUUGAGCAGAGUGGUAUACAACUAGAGGAUGGGCCAAGGAAGAGAGUGGUAGCAUUGAACGACCUUAUACUGCAAACAGGGCAACGGUUUAUGGCUGGUGCGGCAAAGCCCAGAAGAGUGCCACGGUCACUGGUCCCCCAGAACGUUAGACAGUUUUUCAGUACAGAGGGCGAGAGUGUCAUUGUGAGUGGUGUGUAUGCAGAGUGCGGAGAGGCGGCAGCGCGGGAGGCCGCAUACCGACUGUACCUGGCCCCUGACCCUCACCAGGAGCGUCUGCUGUCCACCGCGCUGCAGGCUCGCCACGAAAUGGCAUCGAUUUGCGGCUUCCAGUGCUAUGCUGACAGGGCAAUUAAAGCCAGCACGAUGGAGACCGCUGCCAACGUGCGACAGUUCCUCGACAUCCUCUCUGACAACCUUUAUGACAGAGCGAAGAUGGACUUUGAGUCAAUGCUGAAGAUGAAGAAGCUUGAAACUCCUUACCAGAACGACCUAAUGUGCUGGGAUACGCCUUACUUCACUCACAAAGCGAAGACACAGUUGCUCAACGUGGCUAAUUCAGACUUCAGCCCGUAUUUCUCAUUGGGCGGAUGCAUGGAGGGUUUGAACAUGUUGUGCCAAGAGCUAUAUGGCAUUACAUUGAAGUCUGAAGAAAUGUUGCCAGGAGAAUCUUGGUCACCUGAUGUGUACAAAUUGGCGGUGGUCCAUGAGACUGAAGGUCUACUGGGUCACAUAUAUUGCGACUUGUACGAGCGGCCCGGAAAGCCGCACCAGGACUGCCAUUUCACCAUCCAAGGCGGCAAACUGCUACCCGAUGGCACCUAUCAGAACCCGAUCGUGGUGAUAAUGCUCUCGCUGAGCGGCGGGCACCGUUCGGGGCCGGCGCUGCUGCCGGCGGGCGCGGUGGACAACCUGUUCCACGAGGCGGGCCACGCGCUGCACUCGAUGCUGGGCCGCGCGCGCCACCAGCACGUGGCGGGCACCAGGUGCGCCACCGACCUGGCCGAGGUGCCCAGCGUGCUGCUCGAGUACUUCGCCUCCUGCCCACGGGUCGUGCGUCGCUUCGCGCGCCACUUCCAGACCAGGGAGCCAAUGCCCGAGGACAUGCUGCAACGGCUCUGUGCGUCCAAACACUUGUUUGGGGCCAGUGAAAUGCAACUACAGGUGUUCUACUCCGCUCUCGAUCAGAAGUACCACGGGCCAGACGCCAGGCUGGGCGGCUGCACCACGGACGCCCUGAGGCGAGUGCAGAAACAGUACUACGGGUUGCCUUAUGUCGAGAACACGGCGUGGCAGCACCGCUUCAGCCACCUGGUGGGCUACGGCGCCAAGUACUACUCGUACCUGAUCUCGCGCGCCGUCGCCUGGAGCGUGUGGAGCCGCGAGUUCGCCGCGCAGCCGCUGCGCCGGGCGGCGGGCGGCCGGCUGCGGCACGCGCUGCUGCGCCACGGCGGCGCCAGACCUCCCCAGGAACUCCUUCGCGACUACUUAGAUAUGGAGAUCACACCGAACGCCCUCGCAAUGGCUUUGACGGAGGAGCUGGACUAUCACAAAGAGAAUCUUGAUAGGGUUUUUAAAAUCUCCGAGAAA